AUGAUCAGUGGAAGUCGAGCAGAAGGAUUUAGACUGAAGACAUCAGAUGCAGACAUUAUGAUAUGGCAAUAUCAUUUUCGUGUCAUCUGGGAAAUAUCUCAGUCUCGGUAUUACAACACAAACAGAAAAGUAUAUUUAUUGCCACCAGGCAGAAACACAGAACUCCAGAGAACUUGUGGACCAGGUACAAUGACAAGCAGGCAUUAUUUAUUCAGUUCUAAAUACUACAAGGGGAUGUGUUCUGCAUUGAUGACACCAUUUAACCCUUCUCCACAUGGUCCAUGUGCUAGUGGAAAUUUUAUAGCCACAGAAUACGAUUAUGCCCACUGUUUUAUUAGUGACUUUUGGCCUCCAUCUGCUUCCUCAUGGAUAGACAGAUGUCAUUCAUGGCCCCAGCCGCAUAUUGUUGAUGAUAUAGUGAAAAAUGGAUGUCACUUUGUAGCAAUUGGACAUAAGCUAGGACAUCAUGAAAACAAUGAAUGGAGAAUUUCUUUCUCUCAAGCAGAACAAAAACUUGUGUAUGGAAUGAACCGCUGUCAAUUUGUAACGUACUGCUUGCUUAAAUUGUUCUUAACAGAAAUAAUUAACUAUGGACUAGAUAGUGAUGCUAAAUUAUUGUGUUCCUAUCACAUGAAGACAGCAGUUUUCUGGGUGAUUCAACAGAACACAAUGCCUCACUGGUGUCCACAAAAUCUCCUGGAGUGUUUCUGGAGACAUAACAUGGCAGAUGUUAGGAAUCUGUCAACAGGUGACAGGGAACCUUCAGGAUGCUUUAUAUUCAUUCAAACAAGCUCUCCAACAAAAACAAUACAACAGAUUCCAAUCAGCUACAGAAAUGAGAAUACAAGAGAUCUGUCGAUAAAAUCUCUGCAGAUUGUGCAGGCAUUAUUAUUACUUAGUAAUAUGGAACCUGAAAAAAAGGAUUUUAAUUCGCAGUCAAACAGUUUGUUGUAAAAUAUGGACUUCUAGAUACUCACUACAUCAUGUUUGUAUAGUUUUCUCCCAAACGACUGGCACUUUAGUUGUACAGUGGAAUGUUUUAUAUCUUUAUAUCAAUUUUGAAUAUUGUGUUUCAUCCCCUUAAGGAUCAAUUUUUAAA